AGUUUACUGAGAGAUUGUUAUAAGCUUCAUUUGAAGUGCCACACUUGUAGUCUCAGAUAAGGGACUGGUUAACAUUUCGACUUGAAAUCAUCCCAUACGACUUGUAAGGUGAGAAAGGUAUUUUCUGAUCCAACAAAGCAGAGAUUUAUCAAAACGAUAUCAACUCAUUUCCAAUAAAAUUCCAAACUUUUUCAAUACAUUUUAUUUGAUAACCAACUCUUUAAUAUAAUGGGGAAUGUGACAAUUCCCAUCUACCCCCCUCACUAGCAACGCACUGUUUGAGAAUGAUUUAUUAUAUAUACUAUAAAUAAUAUGCUAACCAGUUGUAACCAACAAAUUAUUAACAUAAACGUAUGUAGAUUAGAUACAUUAAAACUAUCAACAAAAUACACAAAUAUUUGUAUCAAUAGACUAAUUUUUGAUUAUAAACUGUUAAAUAAGUGUGAUAUUUAAAGACAAGCGGUCUUUUUUGAGCUAUGUAAUCAAAUUUGAUAACAUAUUCGCGUAAGUUGUGAAAAAGUUUAAUUUAGCGUGUUUAUAUUUUCCUAUUCAAAUCUAUAGAAGAUAAGUAAAUCAUUUUCACAAUGAAAAAUACGAGUAGGUACAUUAAGUUAGUUAGUUAGUUCAAUUGAAUUGAAUUUAGUUGAUUUCGAGACGUUUUCACGAGAAGGUGUUACGUUAAAGGAAAACAUAUUUAAAAUGAAUUUGAAAAUUCGCUUUAGUGCUUUAGUACUCGUAUUUCUUCAAAUAUCUAGCAGUGUCGGGGCUUCAAACAUUCUUGGUUUAUUUUUAACUCAUAGCCCAUCACAUGUUAUUGUUCAUAUGUCAAUAAUUCGUGCGCUAGUAGAACGGGGACACAAUGUCACAGUGAUUACUUCAAUACCGCUAAACGUUACAAAUCCUGCCUGUCGGUAUAUUUUAGUUAAGGAAUAUAAACCGUCAUCCGAUAUGGUCAAGUCCAUGGUUAAUAAACCUGAGGAAAAUGGAUCCUUAUACCUAAGGACAAUGCGAUUUUUUGGAGCUAUCGAAAAGGUUGCAGAUGAAUACGCGGAUUUCGCUUUAGAUCCGAAUUUUAUAGAAUUCAUGAAGGAGGACAAUAAAUUUGAUUUGAUGGUUCUUGGAUUUUUAUUUAACAACUAUCAACUAGGUGUGGCGGCACAUUUUAAGUGUCCGGUGGUAUUGUCAUUCGUCAUACAACCUGUUGGUUAUUUGUCACGACUCAUUGGAAAUCCCACUUUGCCGGCUUUUGUUCCACUAUCACCGUUUAUGGAUUCAAAACCAAUGGACUUCCUGGCAAGAGUUAAUAACUUUAUAGUUUGUAUUUUAGAAUGGGUUAUGACAUAUAAAUUUGAUUUGAAUGGAAGACACAUUUAUGAAAAACAUUUUCCCAUCGACAAGUAUCCAUCAUAUUCAGAAAUGAAGGAAAAUAUUUCCCUGAUUUUUACCAACCACCACUUCAGCGAAGGUCCCAUAAGGCCACUAGUUCCAGGUUUGGUUGAAAUCGGAGGAAUUCAAAUAAAAGAAAAGCCUGAUCAACUACCUGAGGACAUUGAAGAAUUCUUGAACAAUUCCACCGAUGGAGCAAUAUUUUUCAGUCUUGGAUCGAAUGUUCGUAGUAAUCAUUUGGGUUCGAAUGUUUUUGAUACAAUUUUCAAUGUCCUCUCAACUUUGCCAUACAAUGUUAUCUGGAAAUACGAUCAAGCUGAUGGUCAACGCAAUGCAUCGAAUAUCCUUUUCAAGAAAUGGAUUCCUCAAGAUGAUAUUCUCGCCCAUAAGAAUUUAAAGCUCUUUGUGACACAUGCCGGAAAAGGAGGUACCACCGAGUCCGAGUAUCAUGGAGUUCCGAUGGUUGCGUUACCAAUAAUGUUAGAUCAAUUUACUAAUGCCGAGAGCAUAGUCGAAAAAGGACACGGUGUCAAACUUAAUUACCAAACAAUGACUGAAGAAUCAUUUAGGGAAGCAAUUUUGGAUGUUAUGCGAAAUGAUAAGUACAGAAUUGCUGUUCAAAAAUUCUCCAAAAUUUAUAGAGAUCGACCUCAGACGGCACGAGAAAAUGUAGUUUAUUGGACAGAGUAUAUUAUAAGACACAAAGGAGCACCUCAUAUGCAAAGUCCAUUAAAGACGAUGAAUGUUCUGCAGGCAAACAGUAUUGAUGUUAUUUUAUUUUUGGUAUUGAUCGUUUAUGUAGCUUUUAAGGUUGUAAAGUUUCUGGGACAGUUUUUGGUAAGGGGUUUGAAGAAGUUAUUGAAUGGAAAAACAAUAAAAAAUAAAGAUGAGUAGUAAGAAAAUAUAUCUUUAAGAUGAUUCGUAUUAAUUUGUGUUGUUGUGUAUUAUCAACAUCAGUGUUUUGCAAUUUUGUUUAAUCUUCUAACACCAAUCAAUGUUGUAAAACGAUAAGCUCUUAUCGAUUUCUAUGUACAAGUAUGCAUAAAACUUUGAAUUAUAAACUGAAUACAAUCAUUGAUUUAAAAUGGAUAAUUUUUAUUGAAUAAGAAAAGAAAAAAGUUAUUUAAACUUUAAGUAUUUUAUUUCAAAAAAAUAUGAUACAAAUAAUAAAAAAGAAAGAAAGAAAAAAAACCCAUAGCCAAAUAAAAAGCAGGUAUUAUUUAAGAAACAUUUUUUGUUUUAGGUUUUUAAGCUAAAUACAAAUUGAAUUUAAA